AUGGCAGCACUGGAGAACGAGAAGAAAGCGGUCGACUUUGGAAUCGAGGUCAGCCUUGAUGUAGAGUCUGGACAAGUCACGACAGAAGUGCUUUACGACAAGCAUGGCUUCGAACUGUUCCCUCAGCCUGUUCCAGAUGACAGUCUUGACCCAUUGAACUGGUCGUCAUUUCAGAAACAUGGGAUACUUGGUAUCGUCAUGUCGUUGUACUUUAUGUUCACUUGCGUCACGACUAACACAGUCCCAUCCUUCCCUGCGCUGCAAACACAAUUUGCCGUCUCAGUCGAGCAAAUCAACUGGACAGUCGCCAUACCAGCACUUGGACUCACAAUUGGCCCGCUCCUGUGGUCUUCGCCAGCUGACAUCAUUGGACGUCGCCCUAUCUUCAUCUUUGGCACAAUCAUGGCCAUCGCCGCCACCAUUGGAGCUGCUCUGGCCGAUUCUUAUUCUGGCUACAUGGCAGCUAGGUUCUUCCAGGGCCUUGGAGUAUCUCCCGCUGCAACUGUCGGACUGGCUAUCAUCAACGACCUCUUCUUCGAGCAUCAACGAGGAGAGAAGGUGGGGCUGUGGGUGUUGGCGAUCGACCUGGGCCUACUCGUUGGUCCUUUGAUCGGCGGCUUCAUAAAUCUUGUCAGCUCUGCAUGGAUCCAAUGGCUAACAGCAAUAAUGCUGGGUGCUAUCUUACUCGCUGAGAUCUUCUUCCUCCCUGAGACAUUAUACCCGCGCAACAAAAUGUUGGCGAGGAGAAGGCAUAGUACUGCAGCAGCGGAGAAGAUGCUUGGCCUCCAGGCGGAAGUCAAGCGCUCGAAGAGUCUGCGAUAUGUCAACGUCGCACCUCUACCAGGCAUGAAGCACCCGAAAGCAUGGGAUACUCUCGUGCGUUUUGGCAAGACGUUCCGAUAUGCCGUGGUUCCUGUUGCCGUAGCCACGUACGCCUUUGGCUGGUAUUGGUGGUUCUAUCAGUUAUCACGAUGGUGCCAGUAG